CUCUCUUUCCUGUUUAAUGUUUGCAAUCUCAUUACCUUACUUCCCAUCCUAAACGUGUGAUCUCUAUUCUCAAACCAAUACGAACCAAGUUUGGCAUAAAAUGGUUUUUCCGUGUGUCAACUACAGUGGGAAGAAUGUUCCUGAUAGAAAAACCCAAAGAAUGUCCGGAUAGAAGGAAAAAAAAAAAGGUACAGAAGACAUAUACCGUCAGCGAAAGAGGCGACAAUCACCACCAGCACCAGCACCGGAAAUUUUUGGACAUGCCAGGUAUGAAUAGUUUCAUCACGUUGCACGAAAUAUAGUCCGGACAACGUGCCAAGAACAAGUUAGUCUUUUCGCUUUGAGGAUUUCCAAGGGAUGGCAAGGAAAAAUGGAGAGAGUGGAUGCAAAAGUCUAGACAUAACAGGAGGAAAAUGCGAGCGAGCCUGCCGCCUGUGAUCCAGAAAGAUGUUCGUUCUAAGCGGAGCUCUGGAAGAAGAGAGAGCCCCAUCACCACUUCGAAGCAAAGAUGGAGGAGAAAUGUUCAAGGUACCUUUGUUCACCAAUCUCUCAGCGCAGCAGCGGGUCAUCUUCUCAGCCAGCAGCAACAGUUCAGCCAGGCGCAGCAGCGAGGCAGCGAGAGUUCUCCUCGGGAAUGCAAGUCCUCCACAGCUGCAGGAGGCGAGUAGCUUUGGUGAGAAUCAAAACUUCAAAGCUCCCGGUUCGGUACCUUUCAAGUGGGAAGAACAACCCGGUAAGCCGAAGUCGCCGUCUUCUCUGAUCUACUCGAGCUCUCCCGGGAGCUCUCCACUGUCGUUCCUCCAGCCACCUCCUUGCCUUUCGAUCGGAAGAACUCAGCAGCAGCAGCAGCAGCAGCAGCAAGGACUGUCUCCUCGGCUCGCGGAGAGGAUCAAAAACAUCCUCCAGCUUCGGCUAGCUUCACCACUUCGAUCGCCAAUCUCGUCACUCUCCAAGGACUCAAACUCCCCCGGAGAGAUGAGAUCUUCUCCAGUGAGUAUACUCGAUGCCAGCGUCUUUGGAGCCAGUCCAGAGUCGUAUAGCUCGUCGUCACCGAGUAAACGGUGUUCGUUGUCCUCAGCAGCGUCCUCGAGGGCUAACUUCCUGGAGCAUCACGCCGUGGAGUCUCCGCUGAGCAGUGGAAGAUUUAAGAAGCAGCUGAGUCUGGAGAUCUGGGACCGGUCUUUGAGAGAGUCGUCCUCGUCGUCCACUGGCUGUGGUUUCUUCAAGAGCAUGUUGGGAUGCUGGAAGCUGCAGCACAAGCUCGUCGACCAUGACACUUGUCGUGGUUCUUCGCUGGAGAAUUAUCGCGAGCAGCACCACCAAGAUUUCUCCAGCAGUGAUCAUGUCUUAGGAGGCGAGUUUGAGAGCUUCAAGGAGAGAUCAUACGACGACGACGUCGACUGCGGCGGCGGGAGCUCCGAGUUUGAUGACCAAAGCCGGUGUUUCUACGACGAAGUCGAAGCUCUAGAGAUGGCUGAGGCCGAGAUCAAGCAGCCGGCCGACGAAGUUCAUGCUGUCGACGAUGGAAAGUUUGCGACGUUUCCAGUCUCGGCGGCCUUCGUCUUCUCCAAGCCAGCGUUGAAAAAGAGUGGCGUGGUGGCCGAUCGGAAGUUGUCCAAGAGAGUGAGGUUUCUCAUCGAGGACUACUCGAGCGACGAUAACGACGAGCCGCGAGAGAAGAGCGCCAAGAACAAGGCCGACGAUAUGUUUGACGACGCAAUCUCCACCGAGGACGAAGGCUUCCAGCGGCCUGUACGAUCAGUCAUAAGGAGGAGGAGGAAGAAGAACUUGAAUUCGUGUACCUCCAAGUUUCUACACUCUCCUCAGAGUCUAGAAGAGAUCUCGAUAUCUCCAGGAGCUCAAGCAACGUUGGCCAGGUAUGGAUCGUUCGAGAAAGCCUCGAGGGAGACUUUCCAUGCCAUCGCCACCUUCGACUUAGAUGCUGUGGACUCGUCACCUGAUCUUCAACCCAUGAAAGAUGUAGCUCAAAGGCCACCUCCCGGUGGUGUUCUUCGAUUCACAGGAUAA